AUGAUUGAGGCCAAUUCCACAAUAAAAAAAAUUCAGUGCGUUGGUAUUUUUCCCAUCUUAUUAUUCUCUGUAUUGUUUUUCCGUCCUUCUUUUUUAUACCGGUAUUAUUAUUGUCAUUUUGUUCUUUUUUUGUCGGUGCCGGAGGGCGCUUCUUCUUUUUUUUUCUUUUGGAAGGAGAGGCGAUUUCUAUUGUUUGGGGCAGAGGGCGGUCGCGGGGAGGAGGGAAAAACCACCGCUUUUGCCCCGUCGAUGUCGCGUGCGGUGAAACGCGAGCCGCAAAAAAAGUUGGCAAGCGGCACCAGUGGCCCACGUUCUUUGGAGACCACCAGAGCCACGCAAGUGGACCGUACGCGGUCACUGCCAUCUCAGCCGAAGAAGGAGAAAGUGGCAUUCAAAAAAUCCCUAAGGGGGUCUAGCAAUGUUUCUCGUGGCGCGAAACACACACAUUCUUUUUACGGACCAUUUCCACCGUUGCUUCGCAUGCCCCCAGUGAGGGAAAUGUAUUUGGCUGUGCUUGCUGAGGCCACAAGGAAAAUCGCGGGGGAUUUUUCUCCUAGAAACGGCCGUAAUAUUUCAGGGGAUGAAAAUGUAGUUGCCGCAAUGUUUUUGCGGCAACUACAGGCUGCCUGUGCGGCGUACACGGGAGGGGCGUCGAGCGAUAUUGGCGCUGCCAAUCCAUCUGGUGAUGGUUCUCAUAAUGGCUCGGAUGCAGCGUACACCCAUGCGGGACUCAUCUUUUACCGUCACCUUUACGAUUUGCACCGAUGGUUAUUUCUUUGUGGCGCCCAUGAAAAUGGUCGUUUCAUAGUUGUCAAGCACGCAUGGCAUGCGCUGUUUUCAAAGAAGCUGCGAUCAUGGCGGAUAUUUAUGAGUAUUUUGGGCUCUGAUAUGAUAGUUACAGAUGAGAAUGCAGCGUCAGGUUUUUUGACAAUGUUGUACAACCUCCUGCGGAAUACGAGUCGCACUCGCCGCAAACGGGUUGUAAAAAUGUGUUGCCAACUUCGAUUUUCACAGCUGUGCAUCUCUAUUCUUGAGGGGUACGAGGACGCAUUUGCAGAGGCGGUGAGAAUGUGCGAUUGUGGCAACGGUAUAAGGACUAGUAGUGGUACGACGUUGCAACGCGAAAGGGGGUUGCAGGAUCCGAACACACAAUUUUUAGGGUGUAACGGCUUAAAUUCCCCGCCGUUCCCCAUAAUGCGCGUUGUGGAGGCGGCGGCAAUGUUAUUAGGGCUCUGCGGUUCUGAAGACGCCAAAGUGCUUCGAGUCGUGCGCCGUAAGAAUGCCUUAUCAUUGUUGCUUCGGAUUACCGAAUUGCUUUUUGCUACGGUGGCGCAUCAGUUGUCCCACAUAAAAGCAAAUAUCAGAACUGACGCUAGGGAGAAUGGCGAGGUUAGCACGGAGACAGCGUGUUCUAGGAACGAAGCUCAGUUACACCAUAACUCCAUUUAUGGGCAUGUUUUAGGCACCUGCGAUGCUCUUCUGCAUUUGAUUGUAGCGCUUCAUCAACUUGCCGCUCUUCCAGUGAUCGCGGAUCUCAUAGGGGCGCGUGGUGUAAGUCUUUGCGUUCAGGCUGGUUGGACGCUGCACAGUUUCCUUUCUAAAACGAUGCAUUUGUCGCGAGCACCCUAUUCCUUGCUACAAAACCAAAUUGAGACACUUGCGGUGUGGUUAAUUGAACUUUUCUCUCGACUCUGCUGUGGUAAAAGAGCCAGUAAACAGUCACUGGAAGCGGCACGGGAGCGAGGGGCUGUUGGUAUGCUAAUUGAGUUCAGCACGCACCCGGCAGGCCGCGCAGAAAUUGGGCUUUUUUCUCUCAAUGCCCUUAAUGUGCUAACAACCAGGGAUAGUGGCUGUCGAGAGCAGCUGUACGGUGACUCAGGAGGUCUUUAUACCUUUAUUCGGCGUAUCGUCGUUGCAGCCGAGUUGGCAGGUCGUUCGCCGGCACACUGGCACAAGUUGUAUUUAUCAUUGUAUGCGUUGAUUGGCGUUGUCACAAUUCCAGGUGAGUGGGCCGCAACUCGGCCCAAUGAGAAUGCAUUUCCUGCCGUCCGUGUUGUGCCCACACAAUCAUUUUUCUCUGCAUCCAUGCCGAAUUUGCCGCCCAACUUGUCUUCGUUCCGAGAGGGAGGAACGACCAUGCCACUUUCAAUGCUUCCGGUUGACUUUCAGCCGGAUGCCUUCUCACCGGAGUUACAUAAAGAGGGGGAUUGGGGGUUCAACGAGGAUAUGUUUGUCUUUUCGGCACCCGAAGAAUUGCCUUGGGCAUUCUCCGAGGAUGGAUUACCACCAUCUUUCGAGACUGUUGGCCCCGUAUUUCCAGGUAUUGACGUGGAACCGAUGGAAUCGAGACGCUACUCUCUCUUGCAUACUCCGGAGGCCCUUCAACCACCCUCAUCCGAGACGCGUGUUCGGGUGCUAAAACACCUUAUCGAACGUUUAUGCACAUCUUUGCAGCGUAUGGAUUGUAUCAUCUAUGAAAGACCUCCACUGGUUUUAAAACCGUCGUCUCAGGCGGUUACAGAUGAGAUGAUGAUGGCGAUACCGUCGACGACGAAAGGGAUGUAUUCAUCAACUGGAGGAAGAGGGGGAGUAGAAGGCAGUCCUACCACCGUUGAGGUUCCAUCUUUGCCAGGAUUAUUGAAGUUUCGGUCGGAUUUUGAAUGUGGUAACUUGCAGCGUGCCGUUGCAAUUGAUAGCAAGGAAUAUGAUCUUGUGCUAAGCCCUGAUACGAACACGAACUGCCAUGUACAGUGGUUCUGUUUUUCUGUGGAAGAUUACACGCCCGGCAUGACAUACCGCUUUAAUAUCCUCAAUAUGGAGAAACCCAGCUCGACCUUCAAUGAGGGUCAACAGCCCCUCAUGUUGUUGGUUGAGAAUGAAUCGUCGGGAACGAAGGCGUCGGGCCUUCCGCGGUGGACGCGCUGCGGACAGGACAUCUUUUAUUAUAGAAACCUGUACCAACGCCCAGAACGUUGCACCACGACCGCCAGUGAAAUGGUGGAAACAAAUGGGAUAGGAACGACUAAAAAUCAUGACUGCAGCGAGCGCACAUCAAACAGCGGGCAACGGGGGUUAAAAAAGAGCAAAAAAGUUUACAAAUCAAAGCCUUCUGGGAGUGAAAAAAGCAAGGGAGUUGCCUUUUGUUACACAUUGAGCU